AUGGGAAUUAACCGCCAUAUGCAAGCUUGCCAACAGAAGGCUCCAACAAUGCUUGCACAGAAUGAAUUUUCCAAUCUUGCGGGUACACUUUACUCACAGCAAAAUAGUGCUUAUAACUCCCUUCUCCAAAAUACCUACUCUACAACCAAUGCCGCAUCCGUCAACAUGCAACAAACCAAUAAUCCUGACAAGCGGGCCCUGUCAGCAUACAACGAGCAGGAUGACACACUAUUGGUUAAUUCCCAAUCUGAUGCAGAAUCUGAGGCGCUGGAGGCUCCAGAUCUUGAAUCUAUUCCUCGUGGCUCAAUUCUUUCCAUGCUCGAUGCAAUGUCUAGCGGUUAUUCAUCACACACAGUAGAUGAAGUCCGAAUACAGUACCAUCCAAGCGCAAACAAAUCUCCAAAGGUUGUUCCAACAUCACAGUAUGAUCCACAUUCCACACGACAUGCUACUUCUGCUCUUCCAAAGCCAAACCAUGAUAAACCAUGGCAUCCUUUCGCUACACGACUGGAUUUCGAGAUUGCAGAGCUUGCAUUAGACACUCAUAUGAACAAGAAUCAAAAAGCUACGCUUCUAAACCUGAUAAAAGAGUGCAUUGCUAAUCCGCACCUUUUUACAAUAGAAAAUGCUUCUGAGAUGGAUAAAACAUGGGAAUUUGCUAGAAGCUAUCGUUCAAGCGGAACACAACAGUUUGUUCGGAAGGAAUUUGUGGUCCCGUACAAAAAGGAAGAAAUUCAAUACGAAGAUCAACUUCCUCUAGGAGCGCUCCCCUUCUGUAUUGUUCUAUAUGCAGACAAAACAAGGCUUUCAACAUUUGGCACGGCCAAAGGAUAUCCGGUAAUUGCUCGGUGUGCAAAUAUUCCUGCAAAUGAUCGAAAUGGAGAUGGGCUUGGAGGUGGUAGAUUAGUUGGUUGGCUCCCGAUUGUUGAGGAAGAUUCAGGAGAGAGCGGAAAAACACUAUUUAUUAACUUCAAGCGUAUUGUAUGGCACAAAGGAUUCUACGAGAUUUUAGUGUCAAUCCAACAGUAUGCAACAACUGGUUUCCACAUCAAAUGUGCUGAUGCAAUAUUGCGUUGGUUAUUCUUUUUUGUUCUUAUCAUUUCUGCCGAUUAUGAGGAACAAUGUGUCAUUGCAUUAACUCGUGGUGCAACAAGCAACUAUCCCUGUCCUAUAUGCUUGGUGCCAAAUGAUGCUCUAUCAAACCUUACUGCUUGUUAUCCUAUCCGAUCAGCAGCCGGAAUGGAAAGAAUUCACUCUGAAGCCCAGAAACUCAAUGCUAAAGACCGUGAAGAGCAUCUAAAGAGGUAUGGUCUACGAAAUGUUGAGAAUGUAUUUUGGAUGAUGAAUGGAUCAGAUGUAUACCAAGCUCUAUCCUGGGAUCGAUUACAUGCCUACCAUGGAGGACUAUUUUCUGAUCAUUUAUGGGUUGAAUUUAAGAAUGUGAUUGAAGAGUCUACUACCACAAGAAAAGAUGCUGAAAUGGUUGACAACCAAUUUGACUGCAUACCUCGAUGGAGCGGCCUCAAUCACUUUUCAUCUGUUAUCAAAACAGGUGAAUUUGCAGAUGGAAGCAAAUACGAAGAUAUGGCAAAGUUAAUAGUAUUCGCAUCACAUAAUGUCCUUGAAAAAUCGGACAGAGGAUACUGUCUGCUGCGUCUCAUGCGGUCUUUUCUUGAACUAGACAUGUAUUCAUCCUUAACUGUCCAAAGUGCAACUACAUUGGCUGGAAUUGAGCGAGAGCUAGGUAUAUUUAAUUUAAUUCUCAAGGAAUAUUCUGAGCUACAUCCAGAAAAGAACUGGAACUUUCCAAAAAAUCACUCGCACAUUCACAUGGUCCGGGACAUUAUGGCAAAGGGUGUUACACGCAAUGCCAAUACAAAGCCAAAUGAGAAAGCACAUGGGCUUUUGAAACUCUGGUACCGCUUCCACACAAACUUCAAGAAUGUGGCGCCACAGAUACUUAAAAUGAAUGAAGACGAUCUCAUUUCAAUGAUAAUUCGCAUGGAUAUUAACGCAUUCGAUGAAAACGAGGAGAAUAAGGCGAGUGAAACGGACAAUAAUUCACUCCAAGACAUUUCCGAGGAAGCUUCAGCAGUGAAUUCAGAUCAGUCUGUAGAUGAUACAGAACAGAGCCAUGUGUCAAUCGGAUCCAUAAUGGAUCCAGUUUCAUUUGAAAGUAUUGAAGAAUCACACAAGGAGGAUCAUGCAUUCCGACGUUUCCGAAUUAAAACUGGAAAAUGUCUUGCAAAAAUCAUCAAUCAAACCAUUCGGCUGAAGCCUGACAACAUGCUUGCACCAUUCCAACUCGCUAGAAUUCACUACCAGUCCAUUAUUAACUGGUCAUUUGAGCGGGAUAUGCUCCUCUUCAUGUAUUCGGUCUAUGUUGACGAUACACCUCAUCAUUUGGCACUCGUACUUCCAUUUGACGAACCAAUUGACCGAAGAACAGUUUUGGCACGCAAACGCGACAAGGAUCUUCGCUUUUUGCGCGUCCGUGCCCGGAGGCGAACAAAUUCAAUUGUUAUUGAUCUACAACGGAUAUGUGUGGCCUCAUUGCAGGUUGACGAAAUGCAUUUUCUUCUUUCACACCCCGAGGAAAAAUAUCAACAAGCUUCUACUAUGUCUACUGUAUCUGCAUCAUCAUCUAUUGUUCCAAGUUCUGUUGCUGGAGAAGAGUCUAUCUCUGGUGUACAAUUUCGUCGUGCAACCUACGACGAGCUUCAAUCUGUCAAUAGCCAGCGCGAGACGAUCCAGCUUCUAGAACUCAAAGUCAAAAGCCUUCAAGAGGAGCUAAGCAAUGCAAAGCUUUCUCUUAUUAAGCGGAAAAAGGUCUCUGCGAGUACUGUCAAUGUUUCUGCAGAGCUGGCUCUUACCAAAGAUCUCCAUCGACUUGGAAAGUAUCACGCCACUUUCUACCGCAUUAUAGUCCCCAAGGACUUCUUCGGGUCUCCAAGGCCAUCGAUUGACCCAUUUGAUGCAAAAAGGCGUUAUUUAACCGCUGAAAAUUCACGGCUGGCCAACAUUGCUGAAUUAUACGAAUGCAUACCUGCAAAGUACCAUUCCAUUAUCAGUGGAGAUAAUAUGGAUUUGGCAGUCUCAGCGUUCUUAAAAGGCAUCUCGGAUCUUCGCUCCUCCGUAUUGAACAAGCUACGCGGGGUUGCUCCAACUAUUUUCCCAACCAUUCCAGCGACUGUUUUUCUCUUGUGCUCAUCAUCUCGUCCAUCUAAUCUCCCCGUUAAACACCUCAGCGAACACACAGAGGUACAACGAUUGCUCGCCGUAUCUCGUAUCAAGGACCCCACAACCAAUGAAUGGAAGCUAUCCUAUUCAAAUCCUCAUCUCGAAGCAUUCCCGCCUCUUCUUUACGCACAUGCAGACAUUCAAAAUGCGCUUGGACUGUUUAAAGCCGAUGAGCUCAUUCGGAUUGGCCGAACCAUUAUUGUGGGACCAUCUGCAUUGAAAAGUGAUGAAGUACGCCGCUCUCGUGAUGACAGUCCCUAUGCGCAUAUGGAUAAUCGCCAAAAUCGCACAACUCCAGGCUUAAUUGCAUGGUGCGCUACAUGUGCAAUUUACAUGUUAUCGGACGAUAUUGAGUUUACAAGCAGCGGAGUAGGAUCUCGGACUGGAAGACGAUAUCUGGACCACUUUGAUAUGUACAAGCGCUAUCUCAUCACACAGUACAAAUCCCUUACAUCGCUUUUUUCAUUCUGGGACACAUCAUUAUUUCCCCAUUCGCAAACAGCACCGUCAACUCUGCUUGCCCCACAGCCAACUGUAAUCAUAUCAACAGGAUUAGUGCCAGCCCCCGAUGAUCCAUUGCAGCAUGUGAUCAAUAACUUCAAUCGCCAGUCUACAAUUGACUUGGAGGCACCCGUUCAAACACAGGACGACAAUUUGGGUGAUAAAACUGACUCGGACAUCGAAUACUUUGGUCCCCCUGCAUCUCAGGUCUCACAAGUGUCCCACAUCGGGCAUAUUAUUCAUCCAGAAGCCGAACUCGACAAUUCGGACAAUUCGGAUUCAGAUGGCGCCCAUGCACCAAUCACAAACAAUCCGGGUACAUUACCAUCUUACUCCACUCUCCCUGCUGCUGUAGAAUUGCCGAGUAUCUCCACCUCAUUCCAGGACCACUCUGGUCCUUCAAAUCCAUCGUCAAACACUGCACCAGUUACCGCAAACACGCCACAACAAGUGGCACAUGUUUCUAUUCCACAGAAGCCUGUCCGUUCGAGGAAGAAGAAAGCCGUCACACCUCUUCAACAAGAUGCAACUAUUGUUCCAACAAGGGCCCGCAGUACUCGUGCUAGCUCUCGAAGCAAUGCACCAAAGUGA